AUGAAGACUCCGACCUACUACUUGCUGGCUGCUGCUUCUCUGCCCCUCGCCCGCGCAGGCCAAUCCGGCUCCUGGGACUCGCUCAGCUGCUUUACCUCCAUUGGCACGAUGCAGAGCAUGGGGUCUUUUGAGUUCCAAUCCGUCAGUUAUUGUAUUGCCCAAUGUGAGGCUGGCAACACGGUCUUCGUCGCGGUUCAGGCCGAGGAUUGUUACUGUGGCACUGCAUCCCUUGACCUUGAGGAGAUGGCGUUGGCUUCCGAUGAGACUGCCUGCAAUCUGCCGUGUCCCGGCUAUGCGGCUGAUACCUGUGGCGGCGACAGCGCUUAUUCUGUUUGGGUUUCCCAAGACUACAUCGACAGUCUAGAAGAUAGCGACGACGACGACGACGACGACAAUCAAGGCGAUGUGGAUGAUUCCAAUGACAAUGACAACCCUGACGACAACAGUGGCUAUGAUUAUAGUGAUGAGGAUCAGGACGGGGAAGACUCCGAUGACAGUUAUUACAAUAUCGGGAACGUUACCUCCAGUGCUGUCGCGAUUGCUGUUCCCACAAGCACUGCUAUUUCUCCUGUCUCGACCUCAGGAAGUGGGGGGAAUUUCUCCACGAACGUGAUCGCUUCACCCAACGCAACCGCUACAAGCAGUGCUGUCGUCACGAGUGUCACAUCAACCUCCGGGGCUGGUCGUCGUUUCAGGUUUCUCUUCUUCUGA